GUCGGACGUGUGACAUUUGAAGGGAACAUUGUGGGUUUUGGCCCCAAUUUUUCGGGGCAAGGUAGAAAAUCGGAUGGCAGGCAGAUAGAAGUGUAUGCCAAGUUUUAUUUUUCAAUAGCCUAUAUCAAUGGAUGCAAAAACACAAAAAAGAGUCGACGUUGCCAAGCGAAAGGCUAGAGCAGAACUGAAAGGAGAAAAUGGCUGGACAAAAUUAAAUUAUAUGGAGACAUUUGACACAAGUCUUGCAAGUGUCAGAGACAAUGUUCCUCGUCUGGACUGCAAUAAGAUUUCAAAAUCAGAGUUUGUAGAGAGAUAUGAAAAACCUAGAAUUCCUGUUGUGUUGACACAUGCGAUGGAUCACUGGAAAUCAAUGAGAAAGUGGACAACAGAGAGACUAGUAAAAAAGUACAGACAUCAGAAAUUUAAAGUUGGUGAAGAUGAUGAAGGCUAUGCUGUGAAAAUGAAAAUGAAAUAUUACUCUGAGUAUAUGGCACAUCAAACAGAUGACAGUCCAUUGUAUAUAUUUGACAGUUCCUUUGGUGAGCAUGCUGAGAAGAAGAGAUUGUUGAUUGAUUAUGAGGUUCCACGGUUCUUUGCUGAUGAUCUCUUUAGAUUUGCUGGAGAAAAAAGAAGACCCCCUUAUAGAUGGUUUGUUAUGGGUCCAGGCAGAUCAGGCACUGGUAUUCACAUAGAUCCUCUGGGAACAAGUGCAUGGAACAGUCUUGUAUCAGGACACAAACGCUGGGCACUGUUCCCAACAAAUGUUCCCAGGGAUCUUUUAAAAGUCACUAGUGCAGAGGGUGGAGAUCAAAGAGAUGAGGCCGUCACAUGGUUCACCAAAAUUUUUCCCAAGACUCAACUUCCCUCCUGGCCUGAGGAGUAUAAACCACUUGAGAUCCUUCACUGCCCAGGAGAAACUGUGUUCAUUCCAGGUGGAUGGUGGCAUGUAGUGAUAAACUUGGACACAACAAUUGCUGUCACGCAGAAUUUUUGUUCACCUGUCAAUUUUAACAUUGUUUGGCACAAAACAGUCAGAGGAAGGCCUAAACUCUCCAAAAAAUGGUACAAGAGGUUAAAGAAAGAAAGACCGGAGAUAGCAGAGAUAGCAGACGGUGUGCAUAUUGAUGAACCCACUGGUGUCCAGUCCGACUCGUCCUCGUCGGCCUCUUCCUCCUCGUCGUCUUCGUCGUCAUCGUCCUCUAGUGAUUCAUCAGAGUCUGAGACAACAGAUUCAGAAGAAGACAGGUGUCGGGAGAAACAGAAGCACAGCCCGUCACACGGUGACAAACGGAGAAGAAAGCGGCCGAAGCAGAAUUCUCCACCUUCAUCAAGGGAAGAAAAUUUAGGCCCAGGCUCCCCAAAACGUGGUAGAUGACCGUGCUUAAGGUUGCUCAGGAUGUUCCCGGCGAAAUGAGAUGCUCGCCCAUACUGGAACGUAGAACAUUUUUUUCAGAAGCUCGAUGCAGCAAUCGUGGACGAAAAGAUUUCAAAGACGUCAAUAAAUUGAUUCUAUAAACAGCGAA